AUGCGUAGAGGCAGAGCAGCGGCGGCCGAUAACGGCGGCGAAGCUCGUGGAUCUGGAGGAUCCAAGGAGAUCCGAUACCGCGGUGUGAGGAAGAGGCCGUGGGGCAGAUUUGCGGCCGAGAUCAGGGACCCUUACAAGAAGACGCGUGUCUGGCUCGGCACCUUCGACUCGGCCGAGGAUGCCGCUCGCGCCUACGACGCCGCCGCUCGCUCGUUCCGUGGUCCGAAGGCGAAGACGAACUUCCCCUCGCCCCUUGACGGCGCCGUAUUCCCCGAAUUGAACCCCCAAAACCCUAAUCAGGCGCAAAUCAACGCUACUGCUAACGAUCGGUUCAUGGAUCCUGGGUAUUACACCCAGGACCCGCAAAUAAUCGCGCACCAGCGGCCUACCUCUAGCGGCAUGAGCAGCACCGUGGAGUCUUUCAGUGGGCCACGGCAACUUCGUUCCGUGCCGGCGCCGGUGCUUUUGCAGCAGCAGAGGAGGCAUCCGCGCUCGCCGCCGAUGGUUCCGGAUGACUGCCGCAGCGACUGUGAUUCCUCCUCAUCCGUGGUUGAUGAUACCGAAUGUGACAUCGCAUCUUCUUCUUGUAAAAAGCCUUUCCUUUUUGAUCUUAACAUGCCGCCAUCUCCUGUGGCCGGUGAAGCUGCUGCUGAUCUGGAUGAACUCGCCUGCACGGCACUUCGGCUAUGA